AUGCGCUUCCACUACCUCGUCCUCCUCUUUCUGAAUCACACUGUCCGCUUCUCUCCAGGCUACAGUGAGCAGGUACCGUCCGCAGAACUACUUCGAGGUACAACAAAUGAGAACUCCACUCUGUUGCAGAACCGUAAAUCGCUGAGGAACAUGUACCAAUGGAAUAGACCUGGGCCCCGCACUGGGAGACUUUAUUGCAGAGUUGGAAUUGGUUUUCAUUUGCAGAUCCAGCCUGAUGGCAAAGUCAGUGGCUCGCAUGAAGCCAACCUAUUCAGUAUUUUGGAAAUAUUCGCCGUGUCUCAGGGGAUAGUGGGAAUUCGAGGAAUUUUUAGCAACCGAUUUCUAGCAAUGAAUAAAAAGGGGAAACUUCACGCAACUACCAAGUUUACAAAUGAAUGCAUUUUCAAGGAGAGAUAUCAAGAAAACAGUUACAACACUUACGCCUCGGCCACUUACAAAAGCGAAAACAAUAGCCGAGAGUGGUACGUGGCUUUAAAUAAACGCGGGAAAGUGAAAAUGGGGAACAGCCCUCGAGUGAAACCUCAACACAUUUCGACACAUUUCCUUCCACGGUUCAAACAGUCUGAGAAAGAAAAAACGUUCAAAAUUACUCGGAAAGUCCCAGAUAAAAAAACGCCACCCAAAUCUCCAAAACCACCUCCUGCAACAAUUAUCCGCAGGAAGAGUACAAGUGUUAUCAGAUAUAGGCCCAAAUUUCGUUUUGGAUAG